AUGGAUGCGCCAGCACCAGCCACGGCUCCGGCACCGGAACCGGCAGUGACGGCGGUAGUGGACACGCGGUUCUGCGCGCCGGUGGCCACGGCGUUCGCGGUGACCAAGACGAUCAGCCUGAUGGGGCGCGACUUCACCGUCACGGACGCCGCCGGCGCGGCGGCGAUGCAGGUGGAGGCCGCGGUGUUCGCGCUCCUGCGCAAGUCCCUCCUCCUCGACGCCGCGCGCUGCCCGGUGCUGACCAUGAAGGACUCGGGCUACUUCAUGGACACCAGGUGGGAGGUCUUCAGAGGGGACAGCACUAGCCGGAGGAACCUGCUCUUCGCCGCGGUCAAGUCGUCGGCGUUCCAGAUCAGGACCAAGAUCUACGUAUUCCUGGCCGGCAACGCCGCCGGCGAGGAGGCGCCUGACUUCGUCAUCCGAGGCAGCUACCACGACGGCGCGUGCACCGUCUGUCGCGGCAGCUCCGAUGCCGCAUUGCCGCCAUUGCUCAGGCCAGCAGCAUCUUUCAGCUCCUAA